CUCCCAGUAUCUUUGUUGAUGACUGUUAUCAUCUAGAAAAUGCUUUUCAUGUUCAGAAAAUCAGCCACCCUUGUGCUUGACCUGUUCCGGGCAGCUGAAUGAAAGUUCCUUCCAGUUGCUUCCAGAACUCUGUUGCCCAAAACUCUUCUCCUCUUUGGGUGAAUGUUCAUGAAGCCCUUUCCUGAACCAGUGUAGGAGGCUUUGGCCCCUUGGAGCCUAUGACAUGGAAGCUUUGGAAGUGGAUGAUAUUAGCCCAGCCUUGGAAGUGACCGAGGAUUUCUUUAAUACUUUUGACAAUAAGCUCGAAAAGGCUGUGCAGCAAGCGGAGGUUUAUGGGAUCCAAGAAGUCCCUGAACUGGUGGGGCGGGAGGUCCUCGGUAACAUAGACAAUGGUGCUAUCAGAAAUGUCACCUCCUUGGGCCAGGGGGGCAUGAUCUGGGACCAUUGUAAGACCAGACUCUUAGACACCAAAGUUCCAAAUGUCUUCCCUGCCAAAGAACAGUUUAUGGUCCAGAAGGGGACGACCCCAGAUAAUCUAUCCUGGAUGGAACAAAAGGAAGCAUCCACUUUUAAUUUUUUCAACAUCUGUCAGCGUCGGAGAGACAGGCCUCGUUCUGUGAAUGACUUAUUGGAUGAGACCUCUACUUUUAAGCCUGGGCAUGCUCGAUCAAGGUCAGAUAUUACCCAGGUGGACUGGAGGGUGGUCCUCAAAACCAUGCCUCUGCAGCAAGAAGUAUCUCUUCAGGGUCCUCACUUCGCCAGGCCUUCUUUUCUGUUGUCCUCAUCAAACAGGGUAGAAGAUGCUCAAGGAAACACAGAACACAAGCCAGCAUUCCCGAACAUCCUGAAGAAGGGUUACCUGGAGAUUCGGAAGGACCAUGACAGUUACUGGCAAAGCUGUUACGCCGAGCUCUCCCCCUACAGCUUAUACUUCUACAGCCUCGACAGCAGUGGGAAUCAGAACCUCUACGCCACGUACCAGCUGUCCCACUUCCAGAGCAUAUCCGUUCUGGGAAACCUUGAGGCCAGGCUGGUGGACACCGUCCUGUAUGACAACACUCAACUGCAGCUAAAGGCAGAGUCGCCGUGGGAGGCUUUGGACUGGGGGCAGAAGCUCUGGGAAGGCGUGCACGCUGCUGCACCAGCCUACAUGGGCCGGCCGGGAGAGCUGGCCGACUCCCCAGGGCUUGGCCAUCACAUUGACUGUCCACAGAAUCAUUGUUUACAGAAGAAAUCCCGUGAGCUGCUCAUGCCAUCCCCUGUGCUGGAUAGCCCCAAACAGUAUCAAAACAUCCUCAAAUCCGGGACGCUGUACAGGCUGACCAUGCAGAACAACUGGAAAGCAUUUACAUUUGUGCUGAGCAGGACCUGCCUGAUGGCCUUUCCGCCGGGCAAGCUGGACGAGGACCCCCUGCUGAGCUACAACGUGGACGUGUGUCUGGCCGUCCAACUGGACCACCUGGACGACUGUGAUUCUUGCUUUCAAGUCAUUUUCCCCCAAGACGUCCUCCGCCUCCGUGCUGAGACGCGGCAGAGGGCUCAGGAGUGGAUGGAGGCGCUGAAAACAGCUGCCAACGCGGCAAGGAGUUCAGAACAGAACCUGCAGGUCACGCUGAGGACCAAACCCAGGGAUCAGAUGGGUGGGCACGAACUCAGGAAGAGCAAACGCCAGUCAGUGACCACUAGCUUCCUUAGUAUCCUGACGACUUUGUCUCUGGAACGAGGGCUCACUGCUCAGAGUUUCAAAUGUGCAGGAUGCCAGCGAUCCAUAGGCCUUUCCAACGGGAAAGCCAAGGUGUGCAACUACAGCGGGUGGUAUUACUGCAGCAGCUGCCACGUGGACGACAGCUUCCUGAUCCCGGCCCGCAUAGUCCACAACUGGGACACUUCAAAAUACAAGGUGUCUAAGCAGGCCAAAGAGUUUCUGGAGUACGUGUACGAGGAGCCCCUGAUUGACAUCCAGCAGCAGAACCCCAUGCUGUACGGACACGCCGAGCCGCUGGCCACCGUGGUGCGGCUGCGGCAGCGGCUGAAGUCACUGCGAGCCUAUUUGUUCAGCUGCCGGGCGGCGGUGGCCGAGGAUCUGCGCCGCAGAAUUUUCCCCAGAGAAUACCUCCUUCAACAGAUCCACCUGUAUUCCCUCGCUGAUCUGCAGCAGGUAAUAGAGGGAAAGCUGGCUCCAUUCUUGGGCAAGGUCAUUAAAUUUGCCACCUCGCAUGUGUACAGCUGCAGUCUUUGUAGCCAGAAGGGGUUCAUCUGUGAAAUCUGUAACAAUGGAGAGAUCCUCUACCCUUUUGAGGAUAUUUCAACAAGCAGGUGUGAAAGCUGUGGAGCCGUUUUCCACGCUGAAUGCAAAGAGAAGUCUGUCCCCUGCCCGCGAUGUGUCCGCCGAGAGCUGCAGAUGAAGCAGAAGUCUUUCUGGCGGAGGUUGAACAUGGACGAGAGCCUGGAGGAGGCUUGCAACAUGUUUGAGCUGUCCUACCAGAACACCUGACUCAGCAGGAGUCCAAGG